UCUUUAAAACACCCCUGACACUGAAGUCUCUCUUAUCAGUCCCACAGCCUGAAUUGCUGAAUUAAGCUUUCCGUUUUCAACAUGAGGACAUUGGUGUUGCUUCCUUCUCUCCUCCUCCUGAUUCACUACUCCGGUGGACAGAUCAGCGUCUCACAGUCUCCGGCCACUUUCUCUCUGAUGGUGAACGAGAGUGUGACCAUGCGGUGCAGUGCAUCUAAGGAUAUUAAUGAUGAUAUGGCCCUCUACCUGAUCCGGCCUGGCGCUGCCCCCAGACUCCUUAUGUAUGAGCUGCACAAGGUGCACAAGUUCUCUCAGGCUCGUUACAGUGGUUCCUGGCAACACGGCUCCAAGGACUUCACAUUCUCCAUCAGGAAUGUUCAGUUUGAAGAUGAAGGGAUGUACUUCUGUGGACAGUACAACCAGUCGCCGACACAGUGACAAAGCGUCAUACAAAAACCUGUUCCCUAGCUGCCACUCAGAACAAAUAGAGUGUCACACGGAAACCUAUUCUCUAGCUGCCACUCAGAACAGAAACAGCAGAUUAUCUUCAGUGUGCAGGAAAGGUUUUUGUACAGCAUCUCCAUUUGUACAGAGCACCGUGGUACACCUUUGGAGCAGGAACCAAAUUGACAAUUAGAGGUCGUGCCCUGUCUUCUCCUGUGGUCAAAAUGUUGCCCCCGUCCCGUGAGGAGAUGUCAAGCACCGACAAAGCCACGGUGAUCUGUCUGGUGAACCAAUUCUACCCAGAUGCCGUACGUGUGAGUUGGACUGUGGACGGGCACGCGAACACCAAUGAGAAGCUGGACAGCCAAUCAGUGCGCGGCUCUGACGGGACCUAUGGCAUGACCAGCACCCUGUUCUUGUCUCGUUCGGCGUGGGAGUCCGCAGAGGUCUUUGCCUGUGUGGUCGAGCAUGAGGCCCUGCAGAUUCCAGCCACCCAAUCCAUCCGCAGGAGCCAGUGCAUGGCUGACCUCUAGUGCUGGCUCUGCUUUUAACAAGCUCUCAUUUCUGCUUUUCAUAUAACAUUUCACUUUCUUUUUAAAAUAAUAUCUCCUGCUCUGUUUAACUUUUUUCUUUUGUCACAUCCAUGCCUUUUAAUAUUUCUUCUGUGUUUCAGCAUGACCAAAAAAAAAACAAAAAAAAAAUAAACAAAGCCAUAGAUGAUAUUAAAUGCACUCUGCCCUGCAAUAAGAACCUUCAAAUUCUGGAAUCGGUUUACAGUCAAACACCAUUCCAAUUCAUAACUAAUGAGAUUUAAUAAAUUAAAGCCUUGGUACUUAUUAUCAUGUUUGUUAAUUUCUGUCAGAUUGUAAAAUGUUAUUAAUGUUAUUUACAUGUAAUCCUGCUCCAUACUACAAUAAAUAAAGGUAAUUUCAAAGCACUGGAAUGUUUGAUAGUUGCUUAAGUGAAGAAACAUCAAAAGUAUCUUUGAUCAUAAGUUCAAAACGCUGGAAUGUUUGAUCGUUGCUUAAGUGAAGAAACAUCAAAAAUAUCUGUGAUCAUAAGUUCAUAAACUGUACUUCACACUGCUGAUGAUUAUUACAUAAUCAUCACUCCACAUUGGUGUACAUUAGUGCAUAAUUUCUGUUAAACAAUUGGUGAACUAUCGUACAAAAUCUCACACCUGAUUAUUACUGAUUCAUAUACCCAGCUGCUCCAUAUUGUCAGGUUGCACAGAACGUCACCCUACACUCAUCAAAAGUACGCCUGUCUGUUUGCAAUGUUGUAGUGUCACAACUGCCUUAGUCAGACAGGAAGUCAUGCAGGUAUUUUUUGGGAAUUCCAGCCUUGGUCAUUUCAUUGUACCAGUACCACAGCACCAGGCUGAGUAUUGUGACAAGUAUCAAUGUGCCUGAGAUUGCUAUGACACAACCGCAGCUUGGUAAGUAGCGCCUGGGUCAUAUUUUAUCACAACUGGGCUGAGUAGUACAAAGGUAGUUUAUAAAACAAAAUAUAUAACAAAAGUAAUCAUUAAUAAAUAACAGUGAUACUUCAUGCUUACUGCAACUGUUGUGCUUUUAUUCAUACAUUAACUCCCAUUCAUGAUCCAUGUCUACAGAUAGUUUUGAAGGAUUCAUUUUUAUAAAUAAUAAUAACUUUAUAUAGCACUUAUCAAAACAUUGGUACAAAGUUCUGUACAAUAAGAUAGGGGUAUCUGUCUUGUAAUUCGAUGUAGGAUAGAAUUACACUGUAUGCUUGUGGUGGCUGCCAUUUUUAUUGACAAUUAGAGGUAAGGUUUUGCUCACCCAUUAGACAUUUUUGCGGUGAAAAGUUGGUGAAAUGCCAUUCAGGUGUUCAGGUGAAAACCCGGAUACAUUUAGUUGAAAAGAAAAACAUUUCUUGCCUAGAACUAGAACAUAGCCGGGCUAUAUCCAGGUAAAACCUGAAGUAUAUUCUGGUUAACCUAGUCCGUUUAUGUCAGAACGUCUCUCAAACAAGAUUCCCACACCUCAAGACGUCUAAAUCUCGACCUUUGCUCACUGGGCAGUGAGUUCUUUUCCUGUAAUCAGUGUUUUACGAUUGAAUGGCAGACAAACCACAUGACUUCCAGUAUGAGUUCAGGUAUAGGAUAUACCAAACCUGUUCUGCAAGACCUUUUUUGUGUGUAUACUUCAGUGUGUGUCUCUCUCUCUCUCUCUCUGUCUCUCUCUCAGGACUGAGAACCUCAGUGGCUGUGCUGCUGAGGGCACUGGGAGGGGGGUAUGCGCUAGGCCUUGCAACAGAGACAGCCACAGAAGUGGAGGAGCUUAUGCUGAGAGAAAAGGGCCCCCUGGUGGUCACGGCAGUGCAAGCAGCCAGAGUGGCGGGGCCAUCGGGUGUUGGGGUGAUGCUCUGUUGUACAAGUCUGGCACUGGCCUUCCUCUCUGCUGCCACUGGAGUUGCACUGGGAACUGGAGUCACGGCGCUGAUGACAGAGGCCGGAUGGAGCGCUCAUGUCACUCUGGGCUUGGCGGGGGCGGUGGUAGCUCUGGGGGCCGUAGCUCUAGGGGCGGGCCUUGGAGCAGCAGUGGAAGCACUCAUAGGGGUGGAGCUCACCGGAAUCUUCCGCCUGCUGCUCAUUGGCACUGAAAUUGUCGUCCACCUUGCACUGCCGGUGAAAUGGCAGGCAAGAAAUGGGCUGAAGCAGAUGAAGAUGUUCCUGACGCAAGUCUUCAUUGUCAUGUUCAUAGCAGUGGUACUGGGCCUCCUGGAAGCAGAUUCUUUGGGAGAAAAGCAAGGAGUGGUCCUGGGACCUGUCCAGGGGUUGAUGGUAGCCGGGCUACUCCUAGUCCCGGCCGCGGCUCGACUGGGAGCCACCGCCGAGCAGGCUUUGGGGAGGCUUCCGGGUCACAGGCAAACAGCUGGCACAUUCCUGGGCAGGACGUUUGGAAAUCUUGUGGUCCUCUUCGGAUUCCUGCUCGGGGUGGGAACAGGCACGAGUAGGCAAGUGCGAACCUUCACGAUGACCCUCCUGCAUUCCCUGACACCACUCGCCCUGUUUUUAGCGGGAAUUGUGGGCGCCGCACUGGGAACAAUGACGUUGGGGCUGGCAGACGAUGUGAGGGCCGAGGGUGUGUCAGUGUGGGUCUGCACAGUGGUGUGCGUGCUGCUAAAGGCCUUAAAGGCAGUAGCGGAUCAGUGGUCCGUGCUGCUGGGGACAGGCAGCAUGGUGGGGGCCCUGCUGGGGGCCUCCGGAGCAGCAGGACUGUCCCUUGGCGCCGUGGGGGUCGCAUCAGGAACACAGUUCAGAGCCAAAGGCAUUGCACUGGCAGUACUGGGGGCAGCAGGGGGUGCUGUACUGGGAUCAGCCCGUAAAACGAUGAGGACAGUGGCAGUAACACUGGUGGCAGCAUCCAUACCUCGACUUGCAGGAAUGAAAGUUGUGGUCAGGAUCCACUCUGAAGCAACAGCAAGGGUGAGGGGGGUCAUGGAGACACUAAAGGGUGCCGUUAUUGGAUCUGUGGCCCUGGGGUCUGCCGCACUGGGGUCAGCCAUUCUGGGAGGGCUCGUGAUCUGGACAGUUGCAUGCGGGACAACAGGACAUUACGCUGUUCUGGUGGUUUCCAUUAUUACUUAUAUAAUGAACCAUUGAGGACCUCCUCUAUGACCAUAUAUUCUCUUUGGCCGAGAGACUUCAGCACAUCAGAAGAUUCUUUUUACACAUAAUUUAUGGGAUUGUUUUACUCAGAAUUUCUAUUCAGAGCAAGGUCUAUUAAGUAGAAUUUACACAGACCUUUGAUUACAGUUUGUUGUAAUUUCUGUUAAUUAAUCUAUUUACUUAUUUUACCUCAUCUUUUCAAUUGUGUGUCGGACCUCUAAUUCACCAUUUGGCCUGUUCUGAGCCCUAGGAAACUUCCCUAGGAAACGCAUGGGGUGGCAUAGCUCAGGAGGUAAGAGCGGUUGUCUGGCAGUCGGAGGGUUGCUGGUUCGAUCCCCCGCCC